GUCAUAUCUGUGCAAGAACAUAUCGCCUUUCUGUACAUGCAUCAGUGUCGUAUCUUUUGUGUAUCCUGAUUAGGAAAACACAAGGUGCUUGGGAUAUCGCUAUUGAUGUUAUUUAGUACUAAUAGGUAUGCAGAUGAAGCCUGUACACUCAUGUGAGGUCUGCCUUUAUUUGGAGCAACUGCUAUGGUGGUCCUAAUAUCUGGUUACAUGCUAAUUUGUUGGUUUAGUGAAUGAUGCUUCAUUUGGUGAACGGAAACUAGUUUGUUAAUGCCUCGCAAAUGUAUGGUGUAAACUGGUUUAUUUGGGUCUCCAUUGCUUUGUUAGUACAUAAGGACAUGUAUAUGACAUAUGCACUUGAAUUCCAGCAAUCUUUGAGGUUUUCUUUUCUUCUGUUUUUGUUCAUCAACCACCGUACUUUCUGUUGCCCUAAUAGUAUUCGCCGUGCGUAUGAACAUCAUUUUCCAUAUAUUCUAUUUGGCCCCAUGCAAUUGCAGAAAUUUACAUGGAUGUAAUACUUACAUUCGUGAAUGCUUUCAGGAAGGCAAUUGGGAAGGCUACUGAUAACCCAGAGGUUGUAGAAGCAAUUGGGGUGCCUAUAGUUAGAGGACCAUGGUAUGAUGCUUCUCUUGCCGGGGGCCAUCGACGGAGAUCUGUUUCAUGUACAUUCCCUGUAUCUGGUCCACAUGGGUCAGGAUUUUUGCAGAUUAAGGCUAUCCGAAAUGGAGAGGAUGGUCUUCUUUCCUUUUUGCGGCAUCACGACUGGGAGAUACUUACCAUGGAAGCUCAUUUGCAUGUGCCUUCAUAUGGUGACAAGCAGAAGACACUAGUUAAGGUGAAUCUUGCAAGCAAUCGCGGUCCUUCUGGUACUCGUGGGGAAUAUGAGCAACCUGAGUGUUGUGAACGCAUUUGUCGGCAAGACCACGCGCGAAGGAAGAAGCAGCAGGCGGCGUCCACAACUUAAGAGCGCAUCCAGAGCAUGCUAACGACAUCAAGUGCCUUGAGUCCGUUUCAGUUGAAGUUAGAUUGAGUUAGUUUGAGUUGAUUGAGUUGAGUUUGUUAGCUAUUUGUUAGGAGAUUCAUUUGAGAUUGUUAGCUCGGUUUGUUAGGGCCGCCUCUAUAUAAAGAGCACGGCGGAACUCUUAAUGGACAACAAGGAAUUAGCUAGCCACGUAAUCGGUAGUUCAGAGCCUCUCUCAAGGGCGAACACGCCAUCGCCUCCUUGUCUCAGCGAACAGCCAAACUAGCCAUAAAAUCUUUGGUAUCAAAGACUUUUCAAUCA